AGCGAUCCCAGCCCACCCCAACUCAAGUAGCCAAUUUUUUGUUUUUUCCUAACGAUUCCCAAAAUAAAAUCAGCCCCAAACCCAAUUCGAUUCUGUGUUUUAUUUUGCCCCAUCAAUUCUUCUCGCUGUUCUCGAAGCCAUGGCCUGUCUAAGCUUCGCCAAGUUGAACGCCUGCUCUUCCCAGUGGAUCGCCCAACAAUCCUUCUCUCAGAAGCGUGGUUCGUCUUCACGCCGCCGUGUUUCCCUUCUGAUCCGUGCUGGUGCUUACUCCGAUGAGCUUGUUCAGACCGCGAAAUCAGUUGCAUCUCCUGGACGUGGUAUUCUUGCCAUUGAUGAGUCUAAUGCAACAUGUGGGAAGAGGUUAGCAUCCAUUGGCUUGGAUAAUACCGAAACCAACAGACAAGCUUACAGACAGCUUCUUCUGACCACGCCUGGCUUGGGCGAUUACAUAUCUGGUGCUAUUCUCUUUGAGGAAACACUUUACCAGUCAACCACGGAUGGGAAGAAAUUUGUCGACUGCUUGCGGGAUGCAAAAAUUAUGCCUGGUAUUAAAGUUGACAAGGGUUUGGUUCCUCUGCCAGGAUCCAACAAUGAAUCUUGGUGUCAAGGUUUAGAUGGAUUGGCUUCGAGAUCUGCCGAAUACUAUAAGCAAGGUGCCCGUUUUGCUAAGUGGCGGACGGUUGUUAGCAUUCCUUGUGGUCCUUCUGCUCUGGCUGUUAAGGAAGCUGCUUGGGGCCUUGCACGAUACGCUGCCAUUUCUCAGGAGAAUGGCCUUGUACCUAUUGUAGAACCUGAGAUCCUUCUUGAUGGGGACCAUUCCAUUGAUAGGACACUUGAAGUGGCUGAAAAGGUCUGGUCUGAAGUAUUCUUCUAUUUGGCCGAAAACAAUGUUCUGUUUGAAGGAAUCCUUCUAAAGCCUAGCAUGGUAACACCCGGGGCCGAACACAAGGACAAGGCCUCUCCUCAAACUAUUGCCAAAUACACACUAAAGAUGCUCAGUAGAAGAGUUCCCCCUGCAGUCCCUGGAAUCAUGUUUUUAUCUGGAGGACAGUCUGAAGUGGAAGCAACAUUGAACCUGAAUGCGAUGAACCAAAGCCCCAACCCCUGGCACGUCUCCUUCUCUUACGCCCGUGCAUUGCAGAACACCGUUCUCAAGACAUGGCAAGGAAACCCUGAAAACGUUGAGGCUGCACAGAAAGCACUUCUGGUGCGUGCCAAGGCGAACUCCCUUGCUCAGCUCGGGAAGUACUCUGCCGAUGGUGAAAGCGACGAGGCCAAGAGGGGAAUGUUCGUGAAGGGAUAUACUUACUGAGCCUGGUCGGUAGUCGAAUGUGUGUUCUUUCCUUCUCCUCCUUCCUUGAAGAACACAUUUUUUUUCUAUAUAGGGUAAGCCUUUCCUUCCCUUAGUAGAAAGCCGUCCAUAAUAAGAGGUGUGAUGUGAGAAGCAAACUCACUGAGAGAGUAAGCAAAUUGUAUCCUACAAUCUUUUGAUAUUAUGAGUAAUUCAUGGCGUUUAAAAUUAUUA